UCAGUUAUUUGGUGGUGGUUGAUCUAACGAACUACAUCAACUGAUUCCUUGCCGAAUAAGCCAGAAUUUCAGUACAGGAAUAGGCUAAAUAUUGAAUUCAUUUUCCGUUAUAGCUUUAAGUGGAAUCUUUGUGAGUGAAAUAUUUCUUCUAUUGUGCUUGAAACGGUGUGCAUAAAUAGUUUACGAACAUGGUAGUUUCGGACAGCUUGCAGGAGAUUCAGGACUACAUCAACCAAAAUGAUAUGAAGAUUCAAUAUCUUCAUGAAAUUAAUUCCACUCUCAAAGAAGAAUAUGACUUGCAAUCAAACUACGAAAGUUUAUCACAAAAAUUCAAAUUUUUACAAAAAGAAGAACAGGAACAAGUAGAGAAGCUGAAUCAAAGUCGAAAAAAGUAUUUGAUGGACUUAGAAUUAAAAGGAACGGAAUUGUGUAAGGAACAUGCAAAACUAUUGCAUCAAAUCGAACAUUUGCAGUGGCACUUCGAGAAAGGUUCGUCCAAGCACGAACAAUGCCAUGCUGCUGUUAUGCACAGUUGCAAAUCCUCGGCUACCAGCUUAAAUCGAUCUUCGCUGAACAAGUCCUUCGACACGGCGAACUUAGAGAACACUUCCGAACGUUUGAUUAAAGCAAUAGCCGAAUUACGCAGACGUAUCCAUAAUGCGAAAGAAAAACUUGACAAGGAAAUUCAUCGUAAGCGAUGCGUCGAAAAAAAUCUUGCCGAAUUGCGGAAGGACAUUUCGAGACAAAAGAAACUAAUUUCGUCGAAAAGAGUAACACCGAUUCCCUCGUUACCCGCCAUUCGAAAGUCGGCGUGUGCUCAAUAAAAUCGUUAAGUUUCAUUCAGAGAACGCUACAGUCGGUUUCGCUUUUCAUGUAAAACUCAAUAGACACACGCGUAGAAUUGACACCGUUCAGGUGUUUAAAUUUGCUUUUAACUUUACUGCUGCUGUCAGCCCUCCAAACCAGCUAGGAGAUUGUCAAUUGAAUCUUGAAUAAAAAACGAAAUCGGAUCAGUUCAUUUAUCAACUAUUCAUUGUCACUAGUCACGCGUUGCAUUCAAUUACUCAACUAUCACAUGUUCACAUUGAAGUGAAAGCUUAAAUCAGAAGGAAACGUAGCGAUUAACUUUUUUCCUCAGCGUUUUUCUUUUUCUUUUUUUCUUUAAAGGAUUACAUGACAUGACAUGACGUGUAACCUUUUAGUAGUAUUACAAUCGAUCGUAUCCAAAAUAUCAUCAUUUCUUCACAUGUAAUAACUUGUAAUAGCGAAAUAAAAUCUAUCGAAAUAAAAAGUCUGUUUAU